UUGGGUUUCAAGUUUUUUGUUUUUUGUUUUUUUUUUUUGCUUUUUUGUUUUUUGGGGUUUUGGUAAUGGAAAUUUAAGACUACAAGACAGUAAAAUCAUUCUCAGAAGCAGAGAAAACAAAAGCAGAAGCAAAAUGCUGUGUAGCCGUGAGAUUUUCAGUUUUUUGAUUAGGAAAGAUGUGAGGAAGAUACUGAAACGCAAGGACAGUGAUGCGGGCCAAAGAGGAAGAGCUUUGGAAGAUUUGCGAGCUUCAAUAUUUAACAAAUUCCGUCCAUCUGAAAGCGCAAAAACUCAACAGCAAAGAAUUUGGGGUCCUGUUUCAGCUCUCACAUUCAAUUUUAUGGUUGCUGUUGGUAUUAUUUUCAUGAACAAAUGGGUUCUUAAAAAUAUUGGGUUCCAGUUCCCAGUAUUUCUUACUUUUAUUCACUAUUUAGUAAGCUGGGCAUUGAUGGCUGUCUUGAAAUCUUUUUCUCUCCUUCCUUCAUCUCCUCCCUCUAAGUCAACCCCUUUGUCUCUGUUUACUCUUGGCUUUGUCAUGUCUUUUUCUACUGGUCUUGCUAACGUCAGCUUGAAGUACAAUAGUGUGGGGUUUUAUCAGAUGGCUAAAAUUGCAGUGACGCCAUCCAUUGUCCUGGCAGAAUUUAUAUGGUACAGAAAGAGAGUUAGUUUCUCCAAGGUGAUUGCACUAACAGUUGUAUCUAUUGGUAUUGCUGUCGCUACGGUGACUGAUUUACAAUUCAGUCUCUUUGGUGCUUGUGUAGCAUUGGCGUGGAUAAUACCCAGUGCAGUGAAUAAAAUACUAUGGUCCAAUAUGCAACAAAAGGAGAACUGGACAGCAUUAGCAUUAAUGUGGAAGACAACACCAAUUACUUUGCUUUUUCUAGUUUCCAUGAUUCCUUUCUUAGAUCCUCCCGGUGUCCUUGCCUUCAAUUGGAACUUAAGUAAUACAUCAGCAAUUCUCAUGUCUGCUAUACUUGGCUUCUUGCUUCAAUGGUCGGGUGCUUUGGCACUUGGGUAAGCUUCUCUUGUCCUUUUAAUUGUUCAACCAUUCCAGUUGCUUGAAGUUCUUCUAGAGAUAGUGUCUCAAAUAUGUUAUUUCAUCUUUGUUUUAUAGGGUUUCUUUAUGCUCUCUCUCUCUCUCACACACACACACUCAUAUUUGUUUUAUAGGGUAUCUUUAUAUGUAUAUAUAUAUGUGUUUCCUGGAUUUAAUUAGUUAAAUAGGGCUGUUCUUGCAAUGGAACAGUACUAUCAUUUCCAGGUAUUAUUACUCUACGAAUUGUAAUAAUUCUUGUCCUCAUAAAGUGUAUUCACUUUUUUUUUUGUUCUUUUGCCUUUUGUUCUCUGUGUUGUUAGGGCUACAUCGGCAAUAUCUCAUGUAGUUCUUGGACAGUUCAAAACUUGUGUUCUGCUUCUUGGAAGUUACUACCUGUUUGGUUCAAAUCCAGGGACCACAAGUAUUCUUGGAGCGUUUGUAGCUAUUGGUGGGAUGUCCUUUUAUACAUACCUGAACAUAAGGACUGCAAAGCCAAAGCAGCAUUCUGGGAAAACCUCAUCAGUGAAAUCAAAAUUGAGUGAAGAAAACAGAGAGAACCAUAAUGGCUAUGGUGGGGAGAGUGUUUAAACUGAAACAUUGAGGUACUUGGCAGCAUUAACUGAAGCUUUUGUUUUCAGAUUUUUAGGCUGUUAACAUUUUAGUUUGCAUGGAGAACCUUAGAAUGCUUUUAAUGGGUUUUCAUGUCCCUUUUUAAACCUGUAGAUAUAGCCAAGUGCCUUAUUGAGUGCUGUACUAAUAAUACCUUUGUGAAUCAAGCAUGGCAUGUACAGAAACCAUUUUCCUGAUUCUUCUUCGAGGAUUAUUUUAUAUAGUAGCUCAUUCAUUUUUUUUUCCAUUCAUAUGCAUAGAUGACAAUGUUC